AAAUAAAAUAAAAAAGAGAAAGGGUUUACAUGGAAGGAAGGAAGGUGAAGAUUUGAGAAAGAUGAGAAAGUAAAAAAUUGUGGUUUAUGAUCGCAUCAAGAAGGAGCAGUUUCUCCGUCUUGGUGUUGUCAACUCUUCGAAGAAUAAGUCACUGCGGCGCGGCGGAGAAUGGAACACGCCGACGUUUUCCUUGGCUUACACGACUUCCUCGAGCGGAUGCGCCAACCCUCCGCCGCCGAUUUCGUCAAAGCCAUCAAGAGUUUCAUAGUGUCGUUUUCGAACAAUGCACCUGAUCCUGAGAGGGACGGUGGCGCAGUGCAAGAGUUCUUUGCCAACAUGGAAGCUGCUUUUAGGGCUCAUCCGCUUUGGGCUGGUUGCUCUGAUGAAGAGCUCGAAAGUGCUGGUGAAGGGCUUGAGAAGUAUGUCAUGACAAAGUUGUUUGCCCGUGUAUUUGCUUCUCUUCCAGAGGAUGUAAAACUUGAUGACCAACUUUCUGAAAAGAUGGCUUUAGUUCAACAGUUUAUCAAGCCAGAAAAUUUGGAUAUCAAGCCAGCCUUUGAGAAUGAAACAUCGUGGUUGCUUGCACAAAAAGAAUUGCAGAAAAUCAACAUGUACAAGGCACCCAGAGACAAACUUGUCUGUAUACUAAAUUGCUGCAAGGUUAUUGGUAACUUGCUGCUUAAUGCUUCUCUAGCAUCCAAAGAUAGUCCUCCAGGAGCUGAUGAUUUUCUUCCUGUGCUAAUUUAUGUUACCAUAAAGGCGAAUCCUCCACAACUGCACUCAAAUCUACUGUACAUACAAAGAUUUAGACGCCAAUCACGAUUGACUGGGGAAGCAGCAUAUUACUUUACAAAUAUGCUCUCUGUUGAGUCCUUCAUCUCAAACAUUGAUGCAAAAGCCCUUUCAAUGGAUGAAAGUGAGUUUGAGAGAAACAUGGAAUUCGCCCGCACCCUUCUGUCGGGGCUUUCAGCUAGUACGCAAGAUUCCGGUACAAAUUAUCAAAAUCAUGGAAACCAGUCAAGAUCAGAAGCCACCAAGCACCAAAAAAGAGCUUCAAAUGAUAAUAACGAUGCCUUAUUACAAACUGCUCCAUCUCUUCCAAAAUACGAAAAUAAGAAUAUGACCCUUGCAGAUGAGUCAUUAAUCACAAAGGUUCCAUCCCUCUCAGAGUUGGAGAACAAAGGGGCAAAUAUGCUUUUAAAGGAGGAUAAGUUGAAUGAAGUUUUCAGGGAGUACCCAUAUUUGUUUGCCAGUGUAGGUGACCUAACAGUAGGUGAUGUUGAAGACCUACUGAACAAUUAUAAACAACUUGUUUUCAAGUAUGUUUCUCUCUCCAAGGGGUUAGGAGUCUCCACUAAAUCUCAUCCUUCAUCAUCUAAUCCACCAAACAAUGUUCAAGUCCAUGAUGAAACCACAGUAGAGUCAGCAUCAGAUGGUGGACAUGUAGAUGCCCACGAGAAAUCAGAAGAUUCUAAUGAUUCAAGUAAAAAAGAGGAUAGUUCAGAAAAAGUUUCACCAGAUGAGGAGAAAACAGUUGAAUCUGUUGUGCCACAGGAUGAAACAGUUGCACCAGAAGGUGGGACCAGUGUAGAAUCCUCUGAUUAGUUGGAACUAGAAAAGAUCAUUUUUUGCCCCCGUUAUCAUAUACCCUACAUUUUUUUCGACUAUCUUUUCAUGUAAAUUUACUUUAUACCUUUGGUUUUGUGGUGCUUGGCCCCUGCUUUGCUUAUGUAUGGGGAAUACCAUGAUCACUAUGCCCUCUGUAACAUGUUCUUUAUAGAGUUUUAGAACUUUCAUGAAA